AUGCGCGCCCACUUCCGCGCGAGCGUCCGCGCGCGGGCGAACGCCGAACGAGACACCCCAUCGGCGUCUCCCCGACGACCGAGCGCGUCGGACGCGAGCGCGCGCGCGCGUCGAGAGCGACCGUCGAGCGCGAGUUCGCUCGAUCGAGCGACGCCGUACGUCGAGGCGAACGCCGUCGACGUCGUGGACCCGUACGUCUCCCCGAUCGGUGCGCUGGAGCGAAAGAUCCCAGGCCGGGCGCCGUGGAUACGGCGAGGGAACGCCACGGCGCAGGACGCGAGGAGAGAUGGAUUAGGCGCGAGCGCGUCGCCGUUUCUCGUCCCGGGCACCAAGCGGUGGUACGACGCGUGGGUGGUGGAGAAACGACGACGCAUUCGGGAGACGCGGUCGAGGGAGAUGAAGAAAUUUGGUCGACCGCCGGUGGAGGAGUACGCGAAGCCGGGACAGGCGGUGGGGGAGGCGCUGAGCAUCGAACGGUUGAAGUUUACCCCGCUCGGACGGGCGCGGAUGCAGAGCGAGCGUCAACACAUCGCGUACAAUCGAUUCGUGGUGGAUCUGAUGCAGGAUAAGAUUAAGGAGUUGUAUGUGAGCGUAGAUGCGGUGGCGAGGUACGCCGUGGUGUACAAAGACGGUCGUUUAGCGUACUGUCAGGUGGCGCCGAGUAACACGGAGAUUUACGAAGUGACGCAACAAAUCGGACUGGAGAUUCAGCCGACGAUGCCGGAACCGGCGAGUCACACCGUCUCCGCGGUCGGUGACCGCGGGUCCGCCGUCAAGACCUUCAUCGCCGGAUACGGCGUUCCCUCGAUCGGGGUGUUCAUCGUGUGGGCCAUUGUCUUCUACAUGCAACGCUUCAAAGGAGACUGGGAGGAUCGUCAAAAGCUUUUGGAGUUGGAGCGCGCGGAGGAGGCGCAGCGGAUGGCGGAAAAGGGCGACUCUAAGAUUCAGUACUUGGAGGAAGUCCUGUCGAAGCUUCCAGAGAACGAUCCGCAGCGCGACUCGAUCAACCGUGAGAUUCGUAACCGUCGCGCGCGCAUCGCUCGCGAUAACAGCAACAAGAAGGAUGCCGCGGCAAAGGCGGCGGAUGGGGAUCAAAUGGGCGCCGCGAACGCGUUCAUGAAGGUCGGUGUGAAGGUCGUCAAGUCGAAGAAAAAGUCGGACGUGGACUUGGAUCUCGAGGAGGAGGAGGAGGAGGAGGAGGAGGAUACCAAGAGUAAGAAGAAGGCAAAGGCUAAGACGGAGGGCGCGGGUAAGACGAAGGGCGUGAAGAAGGGCCGCGUGAACACUAAGAUGAAACUUCGGGAUGAAACUGAGACCGUCUUGUUCGAUGACGUCGCGGGCAUUGGCACGGCGAAGGUUGAACUUCAAGAGGUCGUCGAUUUCUUCCUCAAGCCGGAUAAAUUUAAGGCGAGCGGUAGUAAGGUUCCGAAGGGCGUGCUCCUCACCGGUCCGCCAGGUUGCGGUAAAACACUCCUUGCGCGAGCCGUAGCGGGUGAAGCCGGCGCCACUUUCUUCUCUCUCGCCGCAUCCGAAUUCGUCGAGAUGUUCGUCGGUGUCGGUGCGGCUCGUGUUCGUGAUCUGUUCCAACAAGCGAAGAAACAGUCCCCUUCGAUUAUUUUCAUCGAUGAAUUGGAUGCGGUAGGUCGUCCGAGAGGCGGCGGGGGCUCUGGUAACGACGAGCGAGACCAAACUCUCAACCAGUUACUCGUGGAGCUGGAUGGUUUCAGUUCUGAUACGCAGGUUGUGUGCAUUGCGGCCACGAACAGAGUUGACGUUUUAGAUAAAGCUCUUGUUCGUCCGGGGCGUUUCGAUCGUAAGAUCGUCAUUCCAAAGCCCGACUUCAAUGGGCGCAUCGAAAUCAUGAAAGUGCACGCCAAAAAUAAACCCAUGGCCGAUGACAUCGACUGGAUCGCUCUCGCUGGUGAGACGGAGGGUUUCAGUGGCGCGGCGCUCGCUUCCGUGGUGAAUAUUGCGUGCUUGCAAGCGGCAAAGACCUCACGAAGCUUGGUGAGCAUGCAGGAUUUCCAAGUUGCGAUGGAGACGGAGACUUUGGGGAAAGUGUUGCCCAGUCUCGGCGAAGAGAACGAGAAGCGUCUCGCGCUCGUGCACUCCGCCGCGGCAGUUGCGACUCACUUGCUGUGCAAGGACAUGCUCGACGUCUCCUUUGUCACCGUCGUUGCUCGCGAAAGUAACGCCGAAGGUCAGCUCGCUGUUGGUGAAAAUCCAGUCGCACUUCGUCCUGGAGCGUUCACGAAGGGUUUCAUGAGACGCCACAUGCGCACCUGUCUCGUACCGUCCGUUGCAGAGGAGGUGUUUUAUGGGUUCGACAAUUGUACAAAGGUCACCGCUCCUUACAGUGGUCGGGCUCGAGAAAUCGCGAAUUUUUUCGUGCAAAACUGUGCGAUGAGCGACGAGGAUAGUGAAUUUAGCUACAUUCCGACAGGUCACGUGAUCGAAGUGACCGACUUCUUGCGUGCCAAUCGCGAGGAGUACAUGCUUCCUAGCACGACGCUCAAUCGUUACGCGAGAGCUGAUGAGGAGACGCGUAGAUUGUUGGAGGCGCAGUACGCGGCGGCGAGACGUUUCGUUGAGAAACAACGUCCAGCGAUCGAAGCCGUGCAAAAGCUAGUUUUGGAGAAGAAAACUGUCCAAUCGGAAGAGCUCAAGGCGACCAUAGAGAAAUACGCGGUGGCUCCAUACGACGACGAAGUCUUGCAAUCCGCUUUUGCGGAUGAACGCAAACGUUUAGCAGACUGGAACGGUGUCAUCCCCGCUGACACGUAG